AUGGCCCGCGCCCCCGCACUCGCCGGCAGUAUCCUCGCCGUCUUUGUGAUGGCUGUCGCCGUCCACGCGCAGGCACCAGCCGCCGCGCCGGAGGCGUCCGAAUCAGCGUCGCCGUCGUCCGAACCGUCUAAGCCACCCGCCGGGGCACCCAGGGAGAUGGAAAUGGAGACGCUGUCGCUGUCCCCCGCCAAGGUCCCAGCCGCAGGCGCUAAGGCCAACGCAGCCGCUGCCCUGCAGGAAGACGCGCCCAGCGGGGCACCGGUCUCUGCUCCCGUCGCGAGCGAGUCACCGCAGGAAGCCCCGGCGGGCGCCCCAGAGGUUGGGAACGCCCCUGCCGCCGGUGCCCCGCAGGAAGAUGCGCCCACCAUGGCACCGGCCUUUGCUCCCUUCGGGAGCGAGUCACCGGAGGAGGCCCCGGCGGGCGCCCCAGAGACCGAGGCCGAGGCCCCGAGCCCUUCCUCCGAGAUGGCGGCCGCCCCGUCCUCCGAAGACUACGACGUAUUAGAUGACGAGGCACUCUCGCCCGCCGGUGAGGGCCCUUCGGCCGAAGCCAGCGGCCCAGCAACCGACGACAGCCCGGCGACCGAGGCGACCGUCUCCGAGACCCCCGCGGAGGCUCCCGGCCCCUCGGCCGACGAUGAGGCCAGUGGCGCGAGCGCCACCCGUCGCAACCUCGCGGCCGUCGUGCUCUUCACCGCCCUGUCCGCUGUCGCUGCUCUCUGA